AUGUCGGACGUUGAGAGCGAUUCGGACGAGUGGUCUGAUGCUGAAUAUUUCGAUGACUUGGGGGCAUUUGAUUUGGUAAAUUUAAACGAAAGUGAAAGAGAUCAGAUAGAACGAAUAAUUGAAGAUCGUAAUUAUUCAGAUGAAGAGGAAAAUGAGGUGUACAAUGGCUACACACCACCUGAAAAUUUUGUUUGGACUGACGAGUUCUCGGUAAGAUGUCGACUUCCGUAUUCAGAGAAGCCAGGACCUGUUCGUGUGUUAGAUAGUUCAGCAUCUGUGCUCAAUUACUUCCAAAUUUUCUAUUCGGACGAAAUUUUUAAUCAUAUUGUGGACAGUACAAACAGAAAUGCCAAUAAAAAGAGAAGAGAAGAUGCUAAUAACAACAAAGGAGUGUGGAAUGAUGUGACUAUAGAUGAAAUCAAAGUGUUUUAUGGAGUGUUGAUCAUGAUGGGUAUUAUCAAGCUGGACAGAGAUGAUCUCUAUUGGAAGGAGGAUGAAAAGCACUUUAUGUUGGGAACAAGAAUAUCAGAUGUCAUUAGCAGAGACCGGUUUAUGCAAAUCAGAAGGUAUUUGAAUUUUUCUAUAAGUGAAGAAGAUGGUUUGGAACACCGUAACGACAAGCUAUCCAAAGCAAGAUACAUGCUCGAUAAAAUACGCAAUUCUUUUAAAUCUGAAUACAUUCCUCAUGAAGAAAUUAGUGUUGAUGAAUCUAUGGUACCUUUUAAGGGAAGGUUGUCUUUUAAACAGUACAUGAAAGAUAAACCAUGUAAAUUUGGAAUUAAAUUCUGGAUGCUUGCGGAUGCCACUAGUGCGUACUGUUGGAAUUUUGAUGUAUAUGUCGGAAAGUAUGGAACUGAAAUUAAUCGUACAUUUGGUCUCAGUGCCCAUGUUGUGAUUGACUUGCUUCGUGGGUUAGAAAACAAAGGACACUGUGUCUUUACUGACAAUUUUUACACUAGUCCUAGCGCACUACCUGACAACAAUUGGUACCUGUCUGUGUGGAACUGUCAGACCGAAUCGUCGUGGGUUUCCACAGGAUCUUGUAAAAUCAAAAUCAGAAGCUCGAAGACUUCCUAG